AUGUAAAUUAGAAAUCCUGUUUAAGUGAUAAAAAAAAAAAUUUUUGACAGAAUAGAAUAUAAAAUAAAAUGGAACACUGGAUCCAUUACUUAUGAGCCAAUGACAGAACUUACACCGUAAAUGCUUUAUUUAGUAAAUUAAUGGGAACUAAUAUAACAUUAAAAAAAGCGGGAGAAAUUGGGUGAAAAAAGUAAUUAGAAGAUAUAAAAAAUUACACGGUUAUAAUAAAAAAAUGAAAUGCAAUUAGAAGAGAUCUAAGUUUAAUCAAAAAAAAUAAUUUCACAUAAAGAAAGAAUUGUAGAAAAUGGAGUUGUUAAAGAAGCUCGAAAAAUCUCAGGAAAAAUAGAAUUCUUAAUCAUGUUAAAAGAUGAACAAGAAUUAAGGUGGACCAAUUUAGAAGAAGUCAAAUCUAGAAUUCCUAUUGCUUUAUGUGAUUACUUACUAUAGAGAAUAAAGUUUAAUGGAAAAUGA